AUUUAUUGAGCUGAAUGGCUUCUAUUUCUGCUGGCUUAACCUAUAAGCAGCAUAGUAACACUCUGUGAAUUAAGUACUGUUAUCAAAUCUUAUCAUCAUGUCUUCUCAAUCAGCUCAACCAUUCUCCGUCUCUGGUAAGACCGCCAUCGUCACAGGCGCUGGGUCAGGAAUCAACUAUGAGUUUGCUCAGAUUUUGCUCGCAAAAAAUUGCAACGUCGUCAUAGCAGACCUCUCCCUGAGACCAGAAGCCGAAGCUCUAGUCUCAAAGUACAAAGACUCCUCUCCACGAGCAGUUUUUGUCAAAACAGACGUCACAUCCUGGAAAGAUCUCACCAACGCAUUCAAGACCGCCGUUAAAGAAUUUGGCGACUUUGACAUCGUCUGUCCUGGGGCUGGCGUCUACGAGCCUCAUUUUUCUAACUUUUGGCACCCUCCGGGAUCCGCUGAAUCUAAAGAUCCUCUUGACGGCGAUCAUUACAAGCUACUUGAUAUUAACCUCACGCAUCCGAUUCGUGCCACACAACUUGCUAUCUCACAAUGGUUACAUGGAUCCCCCAAGAAAGUCUCACCUGAAAAUCCAAAGCGAGUCAUUCAUAUUUCCUCUAUUGCAGCUCAAUGCCCCGCGCUCAGAAGUCCUAUGUACGGAGCAAGCAAAUUCGGCAUCACAGGUUUUGUACGAUGUCUUGCAGAAGUUGAGAAAAUUGGCGUUCGUGUCAAUGCCGUUGCACCUGGGCUCGUGCGCACCCCGUUAUGGACAGAACAUCCCGAGAAGUUGAAAUAUGUGAAUGAGGGGCAGGAUGAGUGGGUUACACCUCAAGAAGUUGCCGAGGCCAUGCUUCUUUGUGUGGAGAGUGACAAGUACCCUGGUGGAACGGUGCUUGAGGUUGGAAAGAACAACACCCGUUGUGUGCAGCUGUUCAAUGAUCCUGGGCCCGAUACGACUGGUCAGUCGAAGGGAGUUUCUAUUAGUAACACUGAGGAGGCGGAUAAGAGUAUUUGGGAGUGGCUUGGUGAUAAGUCAAUCUGGGGUUCAACUUUGUAAGCGCGUUAGCUAGUUUGUUGUAGCAUCAAGAGCCAGUCUUUACCUCAGAUCAUGUUCUAUCCCUCGGUUCAGCUGCAGUUCACACAAUAGCCCCGCAAUGUAACAAGCGAGUUAUUGAGCUGCACUUGUGAAAGUGCCACGCAUCAGUCUCAAAUGCAUACGCGGGUUACUUAUUUAGGUAACCGACGAUGUCAAGUGACCCUGAUGUCUGUGUUGUUCUCGGCUUAGCCAGUCAACAUGACUUCCCCUCUUCUCGCUGUACGCCACUUCAAUUCAUUGCAGCGAGGUGCAGCGGCAUAAACCCACGCGAAUGCGACCCCCGCUUGUUGUCUCCUCGUUUAUGUAAUUUUAUCGUUGCCUAAUGCCCCCGAAUGUUGAGGAAUCUUUGGAGUCGGCUUGUUGUCCGUGUUUUUGGGUCGUAAGUGGCUUAUACCCACAUUUCGCCUUGAUUACCACUUUGGGAUGUGAUGAUGUCGUCAACUUAAGGACUGCA